AUGGCGGUUCUCUCCUGCGCUGCUGCACCUCCGUUGCUUCGCAUCGCUCAGUCAUCCCGAUCCUCCUCGCCCGCCUUCUCCUCCUGCCGCUUCGUUCCUUUGUGCUCCUCUCCCCUUCGCUCUUUCCAUCUCACCUCCACGCGACCACGUCUACCCUCCCUAGCAAACUCCGCGCGUUUCCGCGCACAUCAGCGCUCCGCGCAUGCCGCGAGCGCCGUCCGACCAGCAGAACCGGCCGCCUUCGACACCCGCGCUCCCCACCUCACAUGCGCGCGGGGAGCACUACAUUCCGCGCACGCCAAUGCCGCGCGGAUACCACAACUGGUUACUGCCGCUAUUUCCGCGAAUGUCGACGCGCUGCGAGCUAAUGCCGUGUGGGUGCUGGCGCGGGCAGGCGUGGGCAUAAGCGCGGGGCUGGCGUUGGGAGUUCCGGGGGCUCUUGCUGUGGGCGGCGAGGCGUGGACUGACGCGGUUGGGGACCUGGAAACGCCCUACUCUCCCGACGCCGCCACGUUCCUCCCGUUCCUCAUUGCAUUCCUGGUGCUGUUCUGGCUGAGCAAUUACGUGGCGCCUCACUACAUUUUCAAGGACACCGUCUUUAGAGAGGAGGCUUCAGAGGACGGCACUGCCAGCGUUGACGGCAGCACACAGCAAGGAAAGCAGCCCACCAGCUCUACCAGUGCCGCCAGUCUAGGGGAGGGAAAGGGUUUUGGCAAGAAGUGA